GCAAAACGGAACCUAUUUGCCUCCGAACCAACAAACUCUCUUCCUUCUCUCCAUCAGAUCCCUUCUCCCUUCUCUCUCCUCAUUGGAUUUCAUCUUUCAGGGAGUCCAAGGUCUGGUUACGAGGAGGAAGGGAGGAGGAUCUGAUUUCAAUUGAACACCAUGGACGUUCCUAGCUCUUGGGAUGCUUUACGCAAACAGGCUAGAAAGAUUGAAGCUCAGCUUGACGAGCAGAUGCAUUCGUAUCGCAGACUUGUUUCGACCAAGGCUUUGAUCAAGUCCGAUGGUUCGGAGAGUGACCUUGAAGCUGGGAUCGACUUACUGCUUAAGCAACUGCAACAGGUUAAUGCCCAGAUGCAAGCUUGGGUUUCUUCAGGUGGUUCAGAGAUGGUCUCCCAUACUUUAACUCGUCAUCAGGAGAUCCUUCAAGAUCUCACACAGGAGUUUUACCGACACCGAUCAAGUCUUAGAGCAAAGCAAGAGCAUGCUUCACUUCUUGAGGACUUUAGAGAAUUUGAUCGGACUAGGUUAGACUUGGAAGACGGGGAUGGCUCUACGGAACAAGCCUUGCUCAAAGAAAAUGUGGGAAUCAACCGCAACACAGCGCAGAUGGAUGGUGUCAUUUCACAAGCUCAGGCAACACUUGGUACACUCGUGUUUCAGCGUUCAACUUUUGGAGGCAUCAACUCUAAGCUUAGCAAUGUCACCAGCCGUCUACCCACGGUAAACACUAUUCUGUCAGCGAUAAAGAGGAAAAAGUCGAUGGAUACAAUCAUUCUUUCACUAGUUGCGGCUGUAUGCACAUUUCUCAUAUUGAUCUACUGGUUAACCAAGUAAAAAUUUGUCCUUUUUCUCAAUUUAUCUCACUCUGUUGAGCCACGUCUGGUUUUCCCAUGAUGUCAACUUGUUAUGUGAUCAUCUGUGUCCUAGUAAAGAAUCUAAAGGCAAAAAACUUAAAUAUUUUGUGUACAGCAAAACUUCAUUCCUAUCCUUGCAGUUUUGACCAGCUUAUACAACCAUCUGUUUCUUUCA